GCGAAAAGAAUCUUGGCGAAAAUGAAUGAAAACCGAAGAAAACAACCGUAGUUUUUGACGAUUACAAAGCAGUUAUGCAUCCAUGAUCCCUGACCAAUCAUCUGCGACAACGGGAAGAACUUUCACUCAGAAUGCCUAGGCGAAAACGGCCUAGGGAAGCUGUGUCUUCUGAGGAAAGUGACCAUGAGCAUGACCAAACUUCAGCAGAAAGUGAUGGCGAUAGCUCACAUUCAGAAACCAUUGCACCAAGAGUUACUAGACGCUCGGCAGCAGGUCUUGUUUCUUCCAUUGGUAUAUCCUCGCCUGCAAGGAAAAGAAGAAAAAUAGAAACGAGGACAUCAGAAUCUGCAUCAGAAUGUGAGAAAGAAACAUCAAAUGUUACACAAAAUAAAACCUUACGCAAGAGUAUAGACAAUAAACAACCAACAAACAAGUCUGGUUCAAAAGACAAAACACCAUCAUCACAAGGGAAGGGUAAACAACAGUCUGCCAAAGCUAAGAAUGCCAGUCAGGCAAAACUGAAUGAAAAAACUGUAUCUAAAAGAAAGACUGUUGAAACAACAGCAGAAAAUGGGUUUAUGUCCAUUUGGACAGAAAAACGACCAACCCCUUCAAUGGAUUACAAUGAAAGUAACGCAAAGUGUCCACUCCCAGGCUGUGAUUCUAAAGGACACUUGACAGGCAGACAUGACCGUCACAGAACGCUUGCUUCCUGCCCCUUAUAUCACAACACAUCUGCUGAAGACUGCAAGAGAAGGUUAGAAGAUAGACACAAGGAACAAACAGAGAGGGAAAAAGUUGUUGCUACACUACACGACAAACGAGAUCUACGUAAACAGAUACAGUCAGAUGACCAGAAAGAAAAGUCAGAGAAUGUAAGAAAGUUGAGAAAGAAUUUGCCUGAGGUGACAGAGGAAGAUAAGAAAAAGCAUCGGAAUCAUAGGGAGAAAUAUGAGAAGGGACGGGAACCACUACUCAAUGGUCUUGCUUCAAACUACGACCUGAAACUCUUUCGGGAAGCACAGGCUCGUGCAUGUGAAGUGCUGGAGCAUGAGAUCACACAGCACUACACACGAAGUGACCUGCAGGAGUAUAGAAUUAAAAAGCUGGAGAUAGGACGAUUUGAGAUGACCACAUGGUAUUCCAGUCCCUACCCUGAAGAGUAUGCUCGCUUGCCAAAAAUAUAUCUUUGUGAAUUCUGUCUCAAAUACAUGAAGACUGCCACUAUCCUUCGUCGUCACAUGGCUAAGUGUGUGUGGCGUCACCCACCUGGAGACGAGAUUUACAGGAAAAACAGCAUCUCGGUCUUCGAGGUGGAUGGAAAACGUAACAAGGUGUAUUGUCAGAAUCUUUGUUUGCUGGCCAAGCUAUUUCUGGAUCACAAGACGCUGUACUUUGAUGUAGAGCCUUUCCUCUUCUAUGUGAUGACAGAGAAUGAUACACAUGGCUGUCACAUAGUGGGCUACUUCUCCAAGGAGAAGAAUUCGUUCCUUAAUUACAAUGUUUCAUGUAUCCUUACUCUGCCCCAAUACAUGAGACAAGGUUAUGGCAAGAUGCUGAUUGACUUCAGUUACUUGUUGAGUCGGAAUGAGAACAAGAUUGGAUCACCAGAGCGACCUCUGUCUGACCUUGGACUCAUCAGUUAUAGAAGCUACUGGAAAGACACCUUACUAAACUAUCUCCACAAAUACAAAGGUGCUGAAAUCUGCAUCAAAGAUGUUAGUCAGGAAACGGGGAUUAAUGCCAAUGAUAUCGUCAGUACAUUACAAGCUCUUGGCAUGCUGAAGUAUUGGAAAGGAAAGCACUUGGUCCUUAAAAGACAGGACCUCAUGGAAGAGUUUUUAGAGAAGAAAUCCAAACACCUGAAUGACCUACGAGCUGUAGACUCCUCUUGUCUUAAAUGGACACCGCCCACAAAGAGAGUGACACAGGCAUAAUAAUAGGAUGUGAUUUUCCUAUAGAACAUCAUUAGUUAGAUGUGUGUAUCAGUAUCACAGACAAAAGGAGUGAUUCAAUUCAUUGCAUUGUGUUGUAAAUUACAGACAGUUAUGGUUAUUCACUGUUGAUAAAUAACAGGUAAUCCUGUGUUAAUUACAAACAAAUUCAUUUACAGACUAUGAUUGUGAUUACAAACAAUAGGAAUUGUGAUCUGACACAUGGAGAAUAUGCAUAAAAUUCUCAGUUUAUGGAACUAGCAUUGGAUGUGUUAUUUUAAAACAAUGACGUACUCAUGAAUUAUUCCUAAACUUCAUGUACUGUAGUUUGUUGCAUCCAUACGACUGUAGGUUCUGACAAACUUAAUUAUCAACACUUGUGGUUAGUGUUGCAGAUUUUAUAUUAUGGGGAAAGUGAUGAGUAUUGUAGUGUUAGACGAUAUUUACAUGAAAGUUAUUGUAAACGAUUGAUGUAUGAAUGGUAUUUUAUUACAAGAUAUGUAUGUAAUUGCAAAUCUAGAACUUCUCAUGGUACCAGCUACACCUGUCUGUAGGCUUGAGACUGUAUAAUGUUUUGUUUUCUUGCAAAAAGACGGUUUGUAGUGUAGGUAAACAUUUACUGGUAUAUUUGUUGUAUAUUUAUGAGUUUUAUCAGGACGAGUGGGAACAUAGGGAAGGGAGUGGGAAUAUAGUGCAACCACCAAGUAGAAUGAUCAACAUCUGCAUGUUUAAUUUUUAUCCCGUCUUCAUUUUUGUCCGAUAACAAAUCUUAUUGUAAAAAUAAAUUUUUGUAUUGUGAUAA